AUGAACACUACAGUUAUUUGAUGUGAUCAAGGUCUUUGCCAGUUCUCCUCUGUUGCUGAUCACUAACAGGACACACAGCAGGUUGUUCAGAAUAAAAUGUAAAUGUUACAUUCUGGAUAAAAUACCUCAAACUGGCAGCAGCUGAGUGAAUCUGAGCAAAGAUGAAAGCCGUCGUUGGAUUCUUACUGAUGUCGCUCCAAGUCACUCAUGCGGUGAAACCUUCCUGUGAUGGCAGAGAGAAUGAAGCUCAGUGUUUUGGUGCUUUGGGAGGAGCAGUAGACAUUCAGCUGAUGGACAACUUGUUAGAAAUACCCAUGUUCAUAUGGAAAAUGAAUAACUCUGUGAUACUCUGGUGGAGGAAUAACACAGUUGUUAGUAAAAAGAACAACAUAAUUUCCGUUUUUCCCAGUAAUGGAACAGUCAGGAUCAAUGACCUGAGAAGGAAUGACAGCGGUGAAUAUAAACUUGAAAUGUUUGAUAGAGAUGGAAAAACGACAGGAUGGAAAACUCUGCAUCUAUCUGUUGAAGCUCCUGUGUCUUCUGUUCAGCUCGUCCGUCAAUGUUUAUCUCAGGGAGAGAUGAAGGUGUCCUGUGUGUCUCAAGGCGACAGUCCUCAAUACAGCUGGACUCUGAAUGGACACAAUCUGACAAACUCUGAGAUCUUCUCUGGAAAUAGCGGGGCCAACAUCAUCGUUCUGAGACAAAACAUCUCAGGACAUCUGGUCUGUUCAGUCAGGAAUCAAGUCAGUAACUCCUUCAAAGGGAUGGACGUAACUGACUGUGGCUUCAUUUUCAUUAACUGCACUUCAAAUGGGACACAAAUAGCUAAAUGGGUGUAUAAAGAAAAUAACACUCUGUGUGUUGAACCAACAACAGUCCCUCCAACAACUAAAUAUACUAGUGUGGGGCAGUUGCCUGUAAUGGGUGGUGUGUUAGCAGCACUCGUAAUUGUCUUGAUAGCCAGCAUAGCAUUCAUCUGUGUCCACAAGAAAAAGAAAAACACAAAAGUGGAGAAGGAGGAGGAUGACCAGGAAAUGACCUAUGCUGAUGUCAGGAUUGUGAAAAAGCAGGGGAGAAGAGUGGAGAAAAGUGUUGAGGCUGACGUGGAGUACGGCCAAGUCAAGUUUUCAAAGAAACCAAGAACAUCUCAAAUUAACCCGGCAAUGGAUGAUACUGUGUAUGCACAAGUACGAAAAGGCAGGUGAUCUGUACUGUCUACCAGGCUUAUUUUUACACAUUUACAAAGACAAUGCUAUGAAAGGCUGAGAGAGGGAUCAUGUAAAGUGAAAAAGGCUUUUAUUUUAUAUGAUUUCCUGCUGCAAUUCGAGUCGUGGCCCCUUUACGGAGAUUAAUAAAGCUGUUCCGGCUUCAGCUCAAAGCGUGGGCCAUUCACUGCAUGUCUAUAAAUUUUCCUUAUUCCUGUUUACUACGAUGCUGAAUAAAGGAAAAUUGUUUAAAAUAUCAGGUCAUUACAGCUAAGGUUUAUUAUGCUACUUACUUUUUAGAAGUCCAUUUGUCAUUGCAGUUUUAACUUAUUAAACAUGAUGCUUGUUUCUCGAUAACAUGAAGUUGGCUUGGUGAGCAACACCUUACAGCACUUGAAAAUAUGCUUUAGAUGCCAUUAAUUUAAAAGCACUCUUCUGAAAUAUUUUAUUGUCAUUGAAAAGCUGAAAUACUGUUACAAAAAGCUGCAUGUGAUGUUUAUCAAAUUAAAAUAUAUUUGAUGAAUACCAGGCUAGUGAGUGGAGUUUAUGCUUUAACCUACGACUACAAGCUGAAGUAAUGCAGUCGCUACAUA